GCGCUGCCGGGCGGGCUGGGACGGACGUGGAGGCGGAGGGAGACGGCGGCGUCCGCGGGGAGCUCGGGAAGCAGGGGCCGCAGCGGCGGAGGCCGAGUUCCCCGGAGGGCCCCGCCUCGGAGCGGGCGGCGGCGGCGGAGGAGGAGGAGACUGAGGGGGCAGGAUGGCGGCCUCGGCCCUGUACGCCUGCACCAAGUGUACCCAGCGCUAUCCCUUCGAGGAGCUCUCCCAGGGCCAGCAGCUCUGCAAGGAAUGUCGGAUUGCACAUCCUAUUGUAAAAUGCACUUACUGCAGAUCAGAAUUCCAACAAGAGAGCAAAACGAACACAAUUUGUAAGAAGUGUGCUCAAAAUGUGAAGCAAUUUGGGACGCCCAAACCUUGUCAGUACUGUAACAUAAUUGCGGCAUUUAUUGGUACCAAGUGUCAGCGUUGCACAAAUUCAGAAAAAAAGUAUGGACCACCUCAGACUUGUGAACAGUGCAAACAGCAGUGUGCUUUUGAUCGGAAGGAGGAAGGAAGAAGAAAGGUUGAUGGGAAGUUGUUGUGCUGGCUCUGUACCUUAUCAUACAAGAGAGUUUUACAGAAGACGAAAGAGCAAAGGAAGACUCUGGGGUCCUCACAUUCAAAUUCAUCUUCAUCUCUUCCCGAGAAAGACCAGCAUCAUUCAAAGCACCACCAUCACCACCAUCAUCAUCGUCAUAGCAGUAGCCAUCACAAAAUCAGCAGUUUAAGUCCAGAACAAGAGCAGGGACUAUGGAAACAGAGCCAUAAAUCCUCUGCAGCAAUCCAGAAUGAAACUCCAAAGAAAAAGCCCAAAUUGGAAACCAAGCCAUCUAAUGGAGAUAGUAGCUCUAUAAAUCAGUCAGCAGAUAGUGGGGGAACAGACAAUUUUGUCCUCAUAAGUCAACUGAAAGAAGAAGUGAUGUCGCUUAAGCGUCUCUUACAGCAAAGAGACCAGACAAUUUUAGAGAAAGACAAAAAGUUAACAGAACUAAAGGCAGAUUUUCAAUAUCAAGAAUCAAACUUGAGAACAAAGAUGAACAGCAUGGAAAAAGCUCACAAAGAAACUGUGGAGCAGCUUCAGGCCAAAAACAGAGAACUACUCAAACAGGUUGCAGCACUGUCAAAGGGUAAAAAAUUUGACAAAAGUGGAAGCAUACUAACAUCUCCUUGAGGAACUAGUUUGUUUAGUGUUUGUGCUUACAGUUUAAGUUUGGAAAAAAAAACUGUGACGCCCUUAAAUUCUGUGUAGUAGAAGAAUAUUUUUGCACACCAAAUGAAAUUGGCGUGUUUCUUACUCACUUUUGUAAGGGACAUUUUUUUAAGUUGUAAAGCAUUUAAAUAAAACUUCAACUGGUUUGAAGUAACUUUUUAAUUGUUUGCUAUCCAGGAAAGUUUUUUUCCAGCAAUAGUAUUAAAGGGGUGCAUGGGUAAUGUUCUUUAUAAACGCAACAUGCAAUAAUAGAGUCAGUAUGGUUUUCACAGGUCAGAACAAAUUUUUUGUCCUUUUUGCUGAACACUAUGCUGACUUACACAGUUUUCAAUAUAGAAAUAAAAAAACUUUUAAACAAGGAAAUGGUAAGCACUGGUUUGCAAGAUGUGUUUUUACUUUGCCUCCAUAUGAAAACUUAGAAAAUCAUGGUGCUUUUAUUAAAUGAAUUUCAACAUAUAUGUAAAUAUGUUUAUAAAAGUCAAAUUAUUAACAUUAGUAACCCACCAUUUUCAUUAUUGAUACAGGAAUUACUGUUUAAUGUACAGUAUCCAGGUAAAAAUGUGUUUUUGUUUUGUAAAAACUGUAGAUUUUUACUUACAAGUGCCUUUUUGCUGCCUAAUGUUUUUUAUUUAUAGGAAUGCUGAUCUUUUGUACAUAGUUUGUUUUAAAAUCAUGUUUAAUAAAUGUUUGUAUAUAAAUGCAUAUGUACAGAAGCGUAUUUCCAAAAUAAAGAUGCUAGUAAUGUGUUGGAGGUUGCAUUAAGAACUAACUGAUAAUGCAUAUAGACCUUAGGUGAUUUUAUUGGUUGUUUGUGAGAAGGGAAGGUCUUGGCCAUUGAAUUUACUUAAUGAUGUCAGUACUUCUCUUGAAUAUUUAAUUUUAAAUAAUUCUGAUAAAGUUAUUUUAUUUUGUAUGUUAUAGCCUUUUUUUCAUAUUUUUAUGAGCAGCUACAUGUUCUUCCUUUAUUUUUUAUACAAUUUCUUUAAAAUUUGUUUCUGCAGUAUUCUAUAUAUCUUCUUUCCCUAUGUGUGUGGUUGCCUAAGUUAAUAUUUAUAUAUACCAUACUUAAUUUUUAAAUUUAAUGCAAAUAUGAAAAACAUAAUCUCUGAUUAUCUUUGAGUAAAUUGAAAUGUACUGUGGGGUUCUGGCACGGUUUAUCGGUAAAUUGCUUCAAAGUUCUUAACAUUGCCUUUCAAAGUUAAGGUAGGAUGGAAUAGGUUACGUGUUACUAAUACUGAUCUGAUCCAAUAGUUUUCAGCCUAGAAUGUAAUUGGUUUCCUUCUUUGUGUUAGUUCAGCCUUUCAGCUCAGUGCUAAGUUGUUAGAGUGUUAGACACCAUGUAAAAAAUGAGAGAUCCUUCUCUUUGGAACUUACAAGCAAAGGUAAUUUUUUCCAAGUAAGCUGUUACUAACCUUGUUUUGAUAUGAGCAUUGAUUAUGAGCAGUUACCAAACAUUGGUUUUCUUACAAACACAUAAUGAUGAGAAGUUUUUAAUAUGACUCAUGUUUCCCUAGGCUAUUCUAUUGUUGUUUAUUAUAAGCUGAAGCCAAAUAACUUGUCCAAAUUGGAAAAAUGCAGUCUAGAGCAUUUUUAAGUGAUAGCAAGAGAUUUAAUGAGCCAGACUUUGAAAAUUAAGCCAACUUGUUUUUAUGAAACCUUCACAUAAGUCUUUUUAAAUUUAUAUAAGUCUAUUUAAAUUUAUUAUGCUUAAUCAUAAUAGACAAUGCCUUAACAUGGAUUUUAGUGUUGGACUUGCUAAAUUCAUAAAAUAAUCAUUACCUUUCUUUACAAUUUCAUAGCCAUUUGUGAAUUCAUGAUGUGAUUAUUAUGGUUCUAAAAUAACUAAUAAUUGUUAAACCUUGUUGGGGCUGCUGCAAAAGAAAUAUGUUCUUUUCCCAUACCCAUGCUUUAUGCUGAAAUUAAAAGGAAAAUUUAAAAGGAAUCUAUAUAAUGUGAAUUCCAAGGGGUAAAACCUUUUAGGGGCUUCACGGUAUGUAGUUUUAAUUAAAUAAAUACCCUCUCUUUAAUCCAAGAUUUUAUUUUAUACCUUCAUUUUUUGCAAUUUUAUGAGCUAGUAAUAGACUCUCAGUCCUGGAUCUGUAGUGUAUUGACAUAAUGAGCAGAUACUGUUUAAAUGUGGACCUGUAAUGAAAUGAAUAUGGUGUGCCGUAUUGUGCUUUAGCCUGUUUUCCACAAUUAGCAUUUAACAGUGAGGGUCGUUAGGCUUGUUAUUUAUUAAUAGCCUGUGAAUAUUGCGGUCCUUUUUAGAUUGUAUUGGUCUGAAUAUGCAUUCUGCAGUGAACCUGUUAAGCUGUUCACUUGUAUAGACUGUUGAAAUACUGUCCUUGUACACAUCUUGACCAUUGACAUUUUGUACUUUUUUCUAAAUCCAAUAUUUCACAAUAAAAUCUUAUCAAAAGCUUUGUAAUAGUUUUCCUAUUACUAUAACCUUAGUGGCUUAAAAUGAUGAAUCAGUUCUCUUACAGUUCUGGAGGCCCAAAGUACUAACUAUUCCACUGGAUCCAAGCAUUGGCAUGGCUGGUUCCUUCUAUAGAGAGGGCCAGUGGAAGUAUCUGUUUCCUUAUUUUCUCAGUCUUCUAUAGGUUUAUUCCUUUCUAUCUUGUGAAACUGCCCUUCUGUUAUCAUCAGAGCCAGGAAGAGUAGCAUCUAUACAACUCUUGUGCUUCUGUACUUAUCUGACUUCUCUGUGGUGGUCAUAUCUCACUUCCUCCUUAUAAGGCUGUUAGGAAGCUCUCAACAGGGACAUGUGGAUAAUCAGAAGAAUUUCUCUUGCUUAAGUUCCUUCACGUAGACAACGCUGUAAAAUCUCAUUAUGCAGGUAACAUUUUCAUGGAUUACUAUAAGAAUUAGGGCAUGGUCACCUUAGUGAAACUAUUUGUU